GGCAUGUCGAGCACGACGUCCGGCAAAGGCCCCAAGCCCGUCCCGAAGUAUCUGCACCAACUUCGCCCCGUGUUGAACCAGCCACCCAGCAAGCAAGGUGCGCACGGAUGGGGGAGCCGCACAGACGGGCUUGCGUGCAGGCCGAUCUACUGCGGGUACCAGCGCUUCGUGGAGAUUCGCGGGGAAGAGCCCGGGAAGCCUGGAGGCGCGGAUGCAAUCACCCGCGUGCCGUGCGGGGCUGUGUCUGCAGUUGCUGCACGGGCGAGGUCCGGAUUCUAUGACUUCGAGAAGGAUAAUGAGCGGCUCGCUGAACCGAUUUCAGGCAUAACUGCACCGUGGGGAGCCGCGCUCAUCGCCAACUACCGCUCGAUGCUGCUUGCUCAUGCGGUGUUUGCUCUCGCUGAGGAAUCUGUCGACACACUUGUCAUGACUUGGUCUACUACAUUCGUGGAUUUCGUUCGAUGGAUCGACGAGGAGUGGGGUACACUCGUCGAUGCCAUUUCGAGCGGGGUCCUACCUCAGUUCCCGGAGACAGGAAGCGUCUACGUCCAGAUUGCUACAACCUUUACAGCGAACCAAUCACGAGCAGAUGCACUAAGGAAGAUCGGACCUCCGUCUCAGACAGCCGUGGGAUGGGCGCUCAAAGUAUGGCCCAAACUUGAGCUGCUAACAGCCGUCUGUACUGGGACGUUCAGCCGCGUUUACUCUGAGGUCAGAGGGUACAUCGGACCUGAUACCCCAGUACGCUGCCCGAUAUACGGAUGUACGGAGGGCUCCGUAGGAUUAGCGUAUCAUGACAGCCUUCCAGACAUUGUGAAGAUGCUCACCGAUAACUAUAUCGAGAUGCUUGAGGUGUUGCCUGGAAAUGAAGACGGUGAUAUCAAGCCACUGUGGCAAGUAGAGACGGAUAAGACAUACGAACCAGUCUUGACGACCCAGGAUGGACUUUGGCGAUACCGUACCAUGGACGCCAUUCGUGUGGUCGGUUUCUCACCUAAAGACGGUAUUCCGCUCAUUGAGUAUAAAGAACGCCGCAACCAAUCCAUGUGGGUCGCUCAAGCGCUCGUGUCCCAAGCAGACAUCCUCGCGUCCAUAGAUGGCAUCAGCGCGUUUGACAACGUCGAGUUUACGACGUGGUGGGAUGACCGCAGCCACCCUCCGACCGUCGGUUUCUUCAUAGAAUCUACUCCCAAUACCCGUGCCUUGACCUCGUCUGCGCGAGACGAGAUACUGAAGGGCCUUAUAGAAGCGAACAUAAACUUCUCUUCAGGCGCGGAGCGCGGCUUGCCUGUCAGGCCAACCAUACGGCUCCUUGCCCCUGGAUCGUUUUCUGAUUUUAGGAGUUGGAAAGGGACUGUCAACGGUGUUGGAAGUUCGCAGAUCAAGCUUCCGAUUAUUACCCUUGACACGAAGGCACAGGAGUUUCUUUUGUCGAAAGUGGUCGCGGAGAUAUAGUAGAGUCGUACUCACUCCCAGUCUGCUCCUUGUUUAUACCUUUGCAUGGCGUGGGCUGUGACUUGUGAAUUCC